AUGUAAUAUUAGAAAUGUUAGUAAAUAAAUAUUUCUUUUUAUAUUUUUUAUUCAUUAUUAUAUCGAAUAUAGAUGCAAUAAAAAUUAAUAAUAGUGGAAAUCAAUUAAAUUUUAAUAAAUUAAAUAAUGGUUUAAAUAUAACAUAUGAUCAUAGAUCUUUAAUUAUAAAUGGAGAAAGAAAAUUAUUAGUAAGUGGUUCUGUACAUUAUCCAAGAGCAUCUGUAUCAAAAUGGAAUGAAAUUUUAAAGUCAAGUAAAUUAGCAGGUGUGGAUAUAAUUGAAACUUAUAUUUUUUGGAAUGUCCACCAACCAAACACACCAAAUGAAUUUUAUCUUGAAGAUAAUGCAAAUAUAACCUUGUUUUUAGAUUUGUGUAAAGAGAAUGAGCUAUUUGUUAAUCUUAGAAUUGGUCCAUAUGUUUGCGCUGAAUGGAAUUAUGGAGGUUUCCCAAUCUGGUUAAAGAAUAUCGAAGGAAUAGUGUUUAGAGAUUACAAUCAACCAUUUAUGGAUGCUAUGUCAACUUGGGUAACAAUGGUGGUAGAUAAACUUCAAGAUUAUUUUGCACCAAAUGGGGGUCCAAUUAUUAUAGCUCAAAUAGAGAAUGAAUAUGGUUGGUUAGAAAAUGAAUAUGGGGCAUCUGGUAGAGAAUAUGCUUUGUGGGCCAUCAACUUUGCAAAAUCUUUAAAUAUAGGAAUACCUUGGAUUAUGUGUGCUCAAGAGGAUAUAGAUAGCGCCAUCAACACAUGUAAUGGUUUUUAUUGCCAUGAUUGGAUAGACCGUCAUUGGAACGCUUUUCCAGACCAACCUGCAUUUUGGACAGAAAAUUGGGUAGGAUGGUUUGAAAACUGGGGUCAAGCUGUCCCAAAGAGACCUGUUCAAGAUAUGCUAUUUUCAUCUGCUAGAUUUAUUGCUUAUGGUGGUUCAUUGUUUAAUUACUAUAUGUGGUUUGGUGGUACAAAUUUUGGUCGUUCUGUUGGUGGUCCAUGGAUUAUUACAUCAUACGAAUAUGAUGCCCCUCUAGAUGAAUUUGGCUUCCCAAAUGAACCUAAAUAUUCGAUGAGCACCCAGUUUCACUUUGUAAUACACAAAUAUGAAAGUAUAAUAAUGGGUAUGGAUCCACCAACACCAGUUCCUUUAUCAAAUAUUUCUGAAGCACAUCCUUAUGGAGAGGAUUUGGUUUUCUUAACAAACUUUGGAUUGGUUAUAGACUAUAUUCAAUGGCAAGGUACCAACUAUACACUUCAACCAUGGUCAGUAGUAAUUGUUUAUAGUGGCUCUGUUGUAUUUGACACUUCAUAUGUGCCAGAUGAAUAUAUCAAACCAUCAACAAGGGAUCAAUUUAAAGAUGUUCCAAAUGCUAUUAAUUAUGACUCGAUUCUCAGCUUUUCAGAAUGGGGCCAAUCUGAUAUAAUAAAUGAUUGUAUUAUUAAUAACGAAAGUCCACUCGAACAAAUCAAUUUAACCAAUGACACAACCGACUAUCUUUGGUAUACCACAAAUAUUACAUUAAACGAAACAACAACUUUAACAAUAGAAAAUAUGUAUGAUUUUUGUCAUGUGUUUUUAAAUGGAGCUUAUCAAGGUAAUGGAUGGUCCCCAGUCGCAUAUAUAACUUUAGAACCAACAAAUGGUAAUAUAAACUAUCAGUUACAAAUUCUCACAAUGACUAUGGGAUUAGAAAACUAUGCAGCUCAUAUGGAAUCAUAUAGUAGAGGUUUAUUAGGAAGCAUCUCGUUGGGUCAAACUAACAUUACAAAUAACCAAUGGUCAAUGAAACCAGGAAUAUUAGGUGAAAAACUCCAAAUCUAUAAUGAAUAUUCAUCGUCCAAAGUAAAUUGGCAACCAUAUAACCCAUCAGCAACCCAAUCAAUGACAUGGUAUCAAUUUAAUAUUUCUUUAGAUGGAUUAUCAUCAGAUCCAAGCUCCAAUGCAUAUGUUUUAAAUAUGACAUCAAUGAACAAAGGUUUUGUUUAUGUUAAUGGAUUCAAUAUUGGUCGAUACUUUUUAAUGGAGGCAACUCAAUCCAACUGCACUCUAAAACAAGAUUAUAUAGGCAUAUAUACACCAUCCAAUAAUCGUAUAGAUUGUAAUGAACCAAGUCAAUCCCUCUAUCAUAUUCCGCUAGAUUGGUUAUUCCUCCAACAAGAUAAACAAUAUGCUACAGUUAUAUUGUUUGAAGAAGUUAAUGGGGAUCCAACCAAAAUCCAAUUACUUUCAUUAUAAAAAAGCAAUAAAAUAAGAAAUAAAACAAUCAUCUUUUUUAAAAAAAAAAAGCUAAAAAAAAUAAAAUAUCUGUUUGAAACUCCACUUUAU